AUGACCGAUCAAACCCCCAAAAUCACCUUAUACACAUACUUCCGCUCCUCUUCCGCAGCUCGUCUGCGAAUCGCUCUCAACCUCAAAUCAAUCCCCUACACCUCUAUCCCCGUAAACCUCCUGAAAGGCGAGCAGUCAUCCCCCGCCAACCGCGCCCUCAACCCGUCUGGCACCGUCCCGACCCUCGUAGUCGAGCGCCCAGCACCCCAGGGCGCAACGGUGACCAUCACGCAAUCGCUUUCCGCGCUCGAAUACUUAGAAGAAAUCACCCCGGCAUCAUCCCAUGCUCUCCUCCCACCGAUCUCGGACCCAGAGUCCCGUGCGGUCGUCCGCACCCUCUGCGAGAUUAUUAGCUGUGAUGUGCAGCCAGUCACGAACCUGAAGAUCCUGAAGCGGGUUGGCCCGUUGGGAUUCGAUCGGGAAACGUGGUCGAAGGAGCUUAUUGAGGACGGGUUCCGCGCUUAUGAGACCAUUAUUUCGCGGACGGCGGGAGUAUUCAGUGUCGGUGAUGCUGUUACUAUGGCUGAUGUGUGUUUGCUUCCUGCUGUGUGGGGGGCGCAGCGCUCUGGUGUGAACUUGGCCGAGUAUCCUACUGUACAGCGGAUUUCUGAACGGUUGGAGUUGGAGGAUGCAGUGAAGAAGGCGCAUUGGAGGACGCAAAGUGAUACACCCGAAGAGUUCCGGCUGAAGGAAUCUUCGUAG